AGUUUGUCCACACGGGCGCCUUUUUGCGCUGGCCUAGCCUUUGUGUUUUUGUGUGUAUUUUCCUUUCUGAGAUCCGAAAUGGCAAUGCACGCUAAAGCUACACCGCCGCAGAUCCCAGACACACGCCGGGAACUGACAGAGCUGGUGAAGCGGAAACAAGAGCUUGCGGAGACAUUGGCGAACUUGGAGAGACAGAUCUAUGCGUUCGAAGGGAGUUACCUGGAAGACACUCAGAUGUACGGAAACAUCAUCCGCGGAUGGGAUCGUUACCUCACCAACCAAAAGAACUCGAACAGCAAGAAUGACAGAAGAAACAGAAAGUUCAAAGAGGCUGAGCGCCUGUUCAGCAAGUCCUCAGUCACCUCAGUUGCGGCUGUCAGUGCAUUGGGAGGGAUACAGGACCAGCUAAUUGAAAAACGAGAGCCCGGCAGCGGGACAGAGAGCGACAACUCCCCGGACUUCCAGAACCAGGAGAACGAGCCGAGCCAGGAGGACACGGAGGACGCGGACGGCACUCUGCAGGGCAUGAAGCCCCAGAAGGCCGCCUCGUCCUCCUCGGGCAGUCACCACGGUAGCCACAAAAAGCGCAAGAAUAAGAACCGGCACAGCCCGUCUGGCAUGUUUGAUUAUGACUUUGAAAUCGAUUUGAAGAUGAACAAAAAGCCAAGAACCGACUACUAGACCGACAGACGACCAAUGAGACGAAACGAGAAGGGACACCAGCGUCGGGGGGGGCUAUCAGGAGCUAGUGGGAGUGGCCACCCGGGCGCAAUCCGCACAGCAACGUGGACACUGACUCCUCAGUUAGUGAAUUUCUCCUCAGAACUGCUUCACUGCGUUCCUCCUCCGUGGCUGUCUUAUCCGUCGGCUACCCUUGCGUGUUACCUGUGCUGCAUCAGGGGAUCUUGGAUCUCUCAGGUCUUGGUCCUCCUUGCCUCAUUGUUAGGUGUCAUAGAAAACCGACAUGUGUUCAUACGUGCCCCUCUCAUUCCACCACCAGGGACAGUAGACUUUAGAUCUGUUCAAAGCAUGGAAUCAUUGCAUGUAGAGCCUGAUACAAAUUGCGUAGCAGAUCACAUUUUAUUUGUCGCAUAACAUUGAUGAUCCUGUAUAAAUAUUACAAUCAACAUUUUUUGCGUCCAUUGUGACCGCUAAUUGGAUUUUAAGGACGUUUCUUUGACUUUUUGUGG